AAGAAGAAGAAGAAUGGCUGUGCCUUUGCUUAACAAGAAGGUGGUGAAGAAGAGAGUUAAGAAGUUUAUUAGACCUCAGAGUGACCGAAGAAUCACCGUCAAGGAAAGCUGGCGCAGACCCAAAGGUAUCGAUUCUAGAGUGAGGAGAAAGUUCAAGGGAUGUGUCUUGAUGCCCAAUAUUGGAUAUGGGUCAGACAAGAAGACUCGCCACUAUCUUCCCAACGGCUUCAAGAAGUUUGUUGUGCAUAAUGCAAGUGAGCUUGAGGUCUUGAUGAUGCACAACAGAACUUACUGUGCAGAAAUUGCACACAAUGUCUCCACUAGGAAGAGGAAGGAGAUCGUCGAGCGAGCUGCCCAACUUGACGUUGUCGUAACAAACAAGCUUGCUAGGUUGCGCAGCCAGGAGGAUGAAUGAGCAUUUUGGCUUUAGAUGAGAUAUCUCUAAAUUGUUUCAGUAUUUGAACUUGUUACUUGUGGUGUUUGUUUAAUUGAUACACUGUUUUUCCUGAAGUGGAUUUUGACUCAUCCUAUUGCUAUUAAAUGCUUAUGUUUUCAGAUUCUAGUA